AUGUCGCAGACCAUCACGGGCAACAUCACCGGCAGCUUCGACGAAGCGUGGAAGAAGACGAAGACCUUCGCGGAACAGGCGUCGGCGUGGUUGGAGGACUUCGACAACCCGGAGGGUCGUGUGGCAUAUGCACGCACGGGAGCGAUCGACGCCAUGGCCGAUCACGUGACUGGGGAGGUGGGCGAAGCGAAGCGGGGUUUGGAGCAGUACAUCACGACGCAACUAUCCGCCGCGCAGGUCAACAAAGCCACCGCUGUGACCUCCAGGCUCGCCGUGCAACCGCCGCCACCGCCCCAGCCCACGCCGCCCGCCCUCCCGGAAGAGCUCUUGAAGUCGUUCAAGGCCGACAUCAUGAAGGCGGUGACGGAGGCCACCCGACAGUCUUUCGUUGCUUCUGGGAUGAAGAUGAUGACCGAGAUGAUCGGGAAUCUGGCGCUUGGUCGACGUGGGUCGUCGCUGUCGGCCAAUGACGCCGAUCACGCGCAACGGAGGACGGCCGUCAAGCAGGGCAGCGUUGUCGACCAGCUGAAGACGAAGGCGGGGUGGAAGGUGAUAAGGACCUCGAACAACAGGGGAGGCGGAAGCGGGGGGGGAGCGGGUGGCCUUGCUGAUGGGGUUGCCGCUAACGUCGCCGCUCCGCCUGGGCCGCCUUUGGUCGCCGAGCAGACCCAUCCCCAGGCGAGCGGUGGGAAACGCGUGACCGACAAGGAGGUCCCAACUGCUCAGGCGGCGAAAGAUGGCGGCGUCGGAAUCACCAGCGCGCCUGCCGGCCAGUCAGGUGCGAACAAAGAUGGGGAGGCCGGUGCGGCCCCUCCUGCUUCGGCAUCCCCGUCUGCAGCCCAGGGCAACGCGAAGGCUGCUUCGGCUGUGGGCGAUGCUCCGGCAUCAGCUAAGGGGCCCCCCAGUGGUCACCCGCUCAGGGCGAUGCUCUGCUGCAUUGAGGCACAUAGCAUGGAUGUGCAGCAGCAUCCCGUGGUCGACGCCGGCCUUGCUGGAACAGCACGACACUCAGUCACUCCGCAGGUUGCCGGCACAUCGUCCGGUGCCCCGCCUGCCGCGCAUGAGGUCGCCACCCCACCGCCUGCGGACCCCAAGUCCGCCGCGACGCCGACGUCGCUAAACGCGACCGCACCCUCAUCAGGUGCAGCUGUGGUUGAUGCGGCGGCGGAGAAGGGAGUGAGUGCAGCGCUAGCGACCGGCGGCCGUACCGACAAGCAUGCCGAACCCGCUGCCGUCCUGGCCCAUUUUGAAGCAGCAAAACGCCCCAAGCACGCCCCUGCUCUGGCCAUCAUGGACACGGCGCAUGUGGUGCCGUCGGCGACCCACGGAGGGGGUUCGGCGGAGCCGACGGCUGCAACGAGUGCUGUCGCCGAGAGAAAUGCUGGACGGAAGGGGAAGGACGACAUCGGGAAAGGGAAGGCGGUCUCUCAGAGGAGCACGCGGGCGAUGACUGCGGGGAAGGAGAUGUCGGAAGAGAAAGGGAAGAAGGCGGAAGGGAAUCAGGACAAGACGGACAGCAAGGGUAAGCCGGCGAAGAAGGAGAAGGCAGAGGAGGAGGAGGAGGAGGAGGAGGGCGGCGAGGGAGAUAAAGAGCAUGGACGCAGGGGUCAUGGCAUCCGCCAAGACAGGUCCGACGACAGGCAUGGGUGGGUGGGCGAGAUUAAGGUAAACGGACAGAAUCGAUACAUCGGCAAGUCGAGGGAGAAGAUGGAGCUGGCCUACGAGCACGCGAUUGCGUACGUCGUCUACGACGGCUACGUGAGCAAGGUGCUCAUGAAGGAGCUCACCCUCUUGAAGCCGGGGGAGUUGGAUAAAUGGAAGGAGGUGUGGGCGGAGGUCAAGUUCUUACCGACUGGGAUGUGGAUGGUCGCGGCGAGCGCGGCGUUUGGGAAGGUCGAUGCGAGCGUGGAGGGGAAGGCGGGAGAGAAGACGGAGAUGGAAGGCGCGGAUGGGAAGGCGGACGAGAAAACGGAGAUGGGGGCCCAAGCGUUAGCGGCAUCGGCAUGCGCCCUCUGGUGCUUCGUGGAGACCGGGGCGUCGGUGCUCGGUGCUGUGGGCGAAGGGAAGGCGGCGGCAAUGGUGGCAGGUGCGGGGGAGGAGAGGGCCGAGGACUUCAAGAAGGUGAUGCUCGCGGUGAUCGACUUAGCACGCAGUAGGCAGGCUCCUGCGGGGGAGGUUGCACAUAACGUCGCACCAGCGCUGCAGAGCCAGGCAGUGGCCAGGGCCUUCAAGGAGGGAGUUGAGGAAGUCGAGGCCGACAUGAUUGCUAGAGCGACUGUUGAGACCUUGGCGUUCUAG